GCUGCUAAGCUGUGGCUCCCUCGUGUCUGCCUCUCCCCAUGCAGCUACUCUUGCUCCUCCUGCUGUUACCUUUCUCCCAGGCGGGGGAAGAGAACAGGGCUGCGCACGAGGAGGAGGUAAGCGUGCUGGUCUAUGGGACAGUGCAGCUGGGACAAGCAUUGGCUGGCACCUACCAAUCAACAAGGAACAAGCUGCAAAGAGUUAUGGGUAGACAGGAACAGCAGGAGAAGGGUUUGCAGAAGUUGAGGGGAGAAGCUGACAGAUCAAGACGAGAGGAAGAGAAGAUCCGCAGGGAGGUGCAGAGGCUUCAGAAUGAAGAACGUGAAGUCCAAGACCUGUCUCACAGCAUACAAAAUGAGCUACAUUUGCUACAGAGAGAGUUCACAGAGCUGCACAUGAGGUUACACAUCCUGGAGAAUGGGGUGCAAGAAAGAGAAGGUGGAAUUCCAGCUUUGAAGGCUCAUGCUGACCGUCAGCACUUAAUGCUCCACGUUUUAUCGGAGGCGGUGAAACAGCAGCAGUCACAGAUGACCAAGCAGAGAUCACAGCUGCAGCACAUACUGAGACAGGAGCACCUAAAAGGCAAAACCGCCAGAAACCAGGGGCAAGAAAGCCCUGAGUCCUCCAAACUUCCAAGCCCAGCAAGGAGGGAAACACUCAAAAUCCCGACGAAGUAACGGAAUAACCGAGUGUGUCGCAGCGGAACUUCACCUAGUCCCAGUCGACCAGCUAGAAGGCUAAAAGGACUAAACCAAUCCCCCAAUCCUUGCGGACCCUCAGGUCCUCUCAAAAAUCUUAGCUGAACUUGUUGCAAACAAGGGAUAACACCAAUAAUAAUGUGAAGCACUCGGCGCCCCAACCGGACCAGCCAGGCAGAACAAGCGCCACUUAUCUGAAACAGGUCGCAAGAACAGAAGGAUCCGAACCAAAUCAGGACCAGUCUGAAACCAAGGGCCGAUACUGUCAAGGCCUAGUUACCCCCAGAGAUGAGGGAUAAUCCGCAGACAAACAUAGGACUAACGUCUUCACACCAAACAAACUUCCGUAGAAGUAAACUGGACAAAGUCCAGAAAGUCGACCCGAAGGAAGAGCCUCAAAAGGAACAUGUCUGAGAAAGAAAAAAAAGGUAACAUUUAAACUGCUUACUGGCCUCCUGAAUGGGGUCUGUAACAAAUGCAGUGAUUGCUUUUAUGUUGAAAAGAGGGCAUCUUCCUCUCCAGGAGCUGGCAAAAUAGCCACGGUGAUGGUUGCUGUAGAAAGUUCCCUCAACUGAGGUGGUUACUUGUUACAACGGCAGCGGCAACAGCAACUCUUUCUGAUGUUGUUCCAGAAUCUCCUCCAUCUGCUCAUUUUCUUCCCACUGUUAUGUGAUGGAAUUAUGUGGUCUUCACUCACGUUCCUGUUAGUGACAAGAUAAAGUGUGAAUAUAAUUUACCCAGGUUCUAUUAUUACCUAAAUAAUUCACUCGCCCUAAAAGAAAAAGUAUGAAAGAACGGGGAAUAAUGUUUACCAAAAUUUACCAACUAUCUGCCACAUAAUUUGGAUUACUGGUUCAUUGCAUUUAGACUAAUGUUUUAUAUCUGAUAAAUAUUAAACGCAGUUUUAUAACUUGUUUAAUAGGUCAAAAAUAAUAAAAUGGCUUUGACAUUGCAGAA